AUGAGAAUGUCAACAUCGGAAGAAACGCUUAAGCGUGGUCUCACAAACAAAUGCGCGUCACGGGAAACCUCCUCGUGCAUCGCAGUCGAGCUCGUUGGAUAUGUUGAUAGAAUGUUGAGAACCGCUGCCUUCCAGCUGUCCGAUGACCUAAUGAUUAUUGAUGAGAGUAAUGGUGCCGCAGCAGAAAUGCCCAUUAGGCCAGAGACUUUUGCACGAGCUGGCAAUUCAUUAGAAGACCAGGCGCAACAGGUCAUCUUAGACAAGCUCUGGAACUUCGCCACAACUCGUUCGCUGAGAUACAGACUUCUGGAUAAUGCUGAUGUUGUGAUCGCUGGCAAGAAGGAACAGGAUGGAAGCUUGGGUGUUGGAGUAUCGAUGAAAGCCCACAAAUCAAUUGAAACUGGAAGAGCCAGAAAUAAGAACAUAGGUCCAUUCCUGGCGGCUGCCGCGAUGAAGUUCGGUCUCCUUGGAGCUCUGACAUUCAAGGGCCUCUUCUUAAUGGUUGGAAAGGCCCUUCUGAUCUCCAAGAUCGCACUUCUCCUAGCCACGAUCAUCGGCCUGAAGAAGCUAUUCUCUCCUCAGGUGACCGACUAA